AUGGCAACGCCGUCGCAGAGUUCGGGUUCAGAACCAUCCGGCUUCUGGGAUCCCUCUAUCGGAACUACAAGCCGCACGACUAGCCAAGCUGGGCAGCUAGAAUCUCUUGAGCCCGAGGCAGCUAUAACGCCCGUCUCGAGGGAUAUAAAUAACGACCUUCUUGGAAUCGGAGCGGGCAAUUUUCUGAACAUUCAGGAAAUGUGGGAUCAGUCUCCGUUGGACCUGGCCCAGACCCAGUAUGCUUCUGGCGUGAAACAAAAUGAUCCCCUAGGGUUUGACACGCCUGCCCAUAAACAGUCCCAGGCGUCCGAGUUCAGCCGAUGUCUCCAACAAGCUAAUAAGGCUUGGAGUUCAAAUAAUUUCGAUGAGGCCCUCUCAAGGCUCGACGAGGCCCGCUCAAUGCUCUACCUUAGGGUUGGUUUACCUGAUAAUGAGACUCUUGAGCCCGAAACGAGAGCAACCCCUCAGAAAGAGCAGACGAAGGAACGUAUGUAUCGUUGUCUACUCUGUUCUAAGCAUAACCAACCUACCUUCACAAAACCCGGAACAUUGAAGCGCCAUGUUGAGUCUUUUCAUCAGCCCCAGUUUAAAUACUGGUGUCCGCGGUGUCCACCGAGUUGCGGCAUUUACGAGAAUAGACGUGACAAGCUUAAAACGCACGCUGAGAAGGACCAUGGCCUGUUUAGAUUCGACUCCACGGAGAUCAACAAUGUCCGUCAAGAAUUGGCUUGCCCUACACAGUGUCUUCUUUGUCCCAAGUCUGUUCAAAGCUGGGAUGGGUUCUACAAUUGCCUCACUAGCCACUGUGAGUUCGUUAACACCCCAGGGGACGGUGAGGCCCUACAGUCCAACCCCAAGGCCGGCCACAAAUCCAACCGGUCUCGGCGUGGUCAAACCCCCAAUAAAACUAGCGAUCCGAUCCCUGGCAGCCAGUAUAAGCGCAAGAGAACAGAUGAUUCUUCCACCUUGAGGCAUCCACAGCAACCAGAGCCACAGCCACAGCCGGAGCCUGAGCGGAAGUGCCCCCGCUGUCCUCAUAUCGUCAACAAAUGCGACCUGUGUCUCCAGAUGAGUCAAUGCCACAUGUGUGCCCCUUAUCGGCUUGCGAUACAGUCACCUAUUGGACAUCAGGCUCCUGCCAAUCGACCUGUUCCAUUCCAAAGCCCUUUAUAUGUCGACCCUCGUGAGUUGACAACUCCUGGAUAUAUCCAAAACCAAGGGUUUGGCCAAGAUAUGCAUGGUGUCGCUGCUUCAUUCCCCGCAGAUCCAUACACAUAUACCGGAGGAGUGUUUCCGCGGGCAGGAUCGCAGGACUAUAGAACCGGCACCAGGAACGCCCCCAACAACCGUGGUAACUGGGACAUCGGAGACGACUCCACGAUCAUGGUCGCUGCGGUACCAGAGCCCGAUCUUCCCUUGAUUUAUGACAGUCAUUUCAAAGGCCCGUCUGUGAUGGGCCCAGGUUCCAUACUGCGCAGACUCGGCAAAUGGAUCAAUCCUCUAGCCACCAAGUCUCAACCCAAGAGGAUACCCAUGGAGCUUCUUUCAAGCGUCCUUCCUGGCACCUGGGACUACUUGUCCAUUCCACCGCGGAGCAACUCGCUGCCGCUCCUGAGUACUACCGCAAGCCUCGAGCCGGUCCCAGAGUGCAACUGCCCAUGCCGUGCCAUGCCUCGUCCGCAGUACAUAGCACGUACCCGCAAAGCAGUGUCUACUGACAGACACGUCGAAGUGACAUUCAAGGUUGCGGCGGGCGACACGCAGUCUCGUGAGUCUGGUGAGUCGGGCCACAGCCAUGCCCUGUGGACAAGAGUUCAGGUAGUAGUGCGGUUGCUUAAGCUCCGGUCGUCCGUGGCUACAGAGUCCUCAGACAAAAAGCAGAAGGAGAAGGCCCAAGAAGGCGAUACCGACGAGAAUGCAGACUCCUCGGCCCUUGAACCGUCUUCUUCUCAGUUUGUCACUGCCAUUUCAAGCCUCGAAGAAGAACUGGAAGGCGAAUGGGCUUUCACUACUGAUCUCCAGUGGCUUAUCCAGAAGCUGCUCGACUUGAUGAAUAGUGCAGGGAGUGCUACGUCCUCGAAACUGGUUCCGCAUGACGCCGACGAUGAGCUGAAGUCGGUUUAUGUGCUUGUCAUGCAUAUUGUUCUUUUCUUCUUGAACAUGGGCCGCCAUGGCGGUGGUAUGCUGCUGACUGAAUGA